UAUUCAAGGGUAACAUAUUUCAACUGAACAAACGCUAUAAAAGUAUGGGAAAUUUUCUAUACAUCUUGGUGAUAUGUCUUGUGUGUCUGAUGUCUGAUCGUUUUGCAUUUGGAAAUGAGCCACACUGUUCAAAAUUUCACUAUGAAGAAAAGUUGUUGGAAAAGCUUGUUCGCAUGGAAUUUAACAUGGAACAGCAUGAACAAGAACAUAAAAAAGUUUUGGCAGAACUAAAAAGAAUACAGACAGAGACGCAUGCAUCCAAUCAGGUAGUGCUUCAAGAACUAGAAAAGGAAAUUACGGCAAUACGGAAAGAAAAUAAAGAGCUCAAACAGGCACUUGUAGACGCUGUUCCACAUAUCGGGAAACAAGGUAAUCCAUCCGAUAUAGUCCUGUUCAAAGCCCGAAAAUUAAAAGAUAUUGAACCGAAUUCCAAAGGGACCUUAAUCUUCAAAGAAAUCCUUACAAAUGUUGGAGGUGGAUACGACAACUUAACGGGUGUUUUUACCAGCCCAGCCGAUGGAGUGUUUCUUUUUACAAUCCACAUUUGUAUUAGCAACAACAAGUACUUUCGAUAUGCUAUCAUGGUUGAUGGCAUCAAACACACAAAAGGCUCCAUCAAAAAUGACGAUUGGGGAGACUGCAUAACCGCGGAGAGUAUCGCCAUCGUGAAAACCGGCAGUAGAGUAUGGGUUGAGAACUAUGGAAACGCUGGAUUUUAUGACAAUGAAAAUAGUUUUAAUCAUUUCUCUGGUAUAAUGAUAUAUAGUGGACAGUUCUGAGGAAAACUCGAGUUGCAUUUGAUCAUGUUUUAGAGGAAAAUUGUGCAUGAUAGGAAAUUUGUCUGAACUUAUACUUAGUCUUGUAGUUUGCUACGCCUGAAUGUUUAAACAAACGUAUGCACCUAUGAUAUAGACUGUUGGUUCUUCUUACAAUGCGCUAGUUUUUUUGGUUAAAUAUACUUCUACGGUUUUUUGUUGUUAUAUAUAGGAAUAAUAUUGUCCCUUCUGUCCGUCCUUCCGUCCUGGGACAUCGGGACAAGUCUACUUGUCUCCAUAACUAUAAACGUUUAUUUAAAGGACUUCCUUCAAACUUCAUACACAUAUUAACUGUGUUAAGGAAAAGUGCUGGGUAAAGGAAACAUUAUUUAGUGUAUGGCAAUUUUAGUGCCAUUCCCCUUUGAUUAUUUUAAUACUUUUACAGUUUUAACUGGUACACGUCUACCUUUUUCAUAAUUCCAUACGUUUUUGAGAUAUCCACUUCAAACGUCAUUCAAACAUUGUCUAGGCGAAGUGCUGUGUAUCAGAAACAUUGUAUUGUGUAUGUUAUGUUUAGAUUCAUUGCCCUUUAUUUAUUCUUU